AUGAGUCUCAGAAUUCGAUGUCCUAACUGCAGGCGUGGCAUGUCCGGCAAACACGGGCUCUGCACCGACUGUCGCGCACCCUCCACCCAGACAACAGUGCACGUGGUAGAGUCAGGCGCGCGGAUCGAGGUCACUACCGACUCACCAUCCCGGUAUUCUUCCUCUCGUCGUGGUAAGUCCAGGUCCAAUUACUCCUCGGCGGAUCGCCGCGGACGUGACGAGCGGGAUAUCGAGUGGGACAUUGCCAAUGGCUACCCCUACUACCCCUAUGAGCGUGACACUUGGCAGGGCCACGAGACACACAGGGAUGCUUACGUUCGGCCCAGAGUGCACCCUUAUUCCGAUCGAUAUGAAUAUGUAUCCACGGAGGCUCAGUCAGGAUAUCCUUCGUACGGCGGGGUGUACCCGAGUAGUGCUCAACGAGAUAGCGUAUCAUCAUCCUACGCUGGAUAUCGACAGUCACGCAGUGAAGGCCAUCAACCUCGAUCAUCAUAUGCCCAGACGCAACAACCUCGCGGACAAGAGAGCCAGGUACAGUAUGUGUACUCGGGAACGGAAGGGCCAGACGGAGAGAUAAUUGAUUAG